GCGUAUCUUCACCGCUCAAACAAAGGUGAGAAAGGCAACAUGAACACGAAACUUGUAAAUUGAACAACCGCUGGAUCUUCUACCGCACACCUAUAUGUAGCUACCAACAGUUGGUGCCUGUAAAUGUUCAUUUCAAGUUCAGAGUUUGAAGCGAUCACAACGUAUAAUUCCAUAGCAAACAAAAUGAUGCUCAAAAGUUUACUGCUGGUGACAGUUUUCGGCGUUGUUUUGGCCGAAAACGUUCAACUGAACCAAGGGAAUGUAGCCAUUGAGGUAGUGCGUCGCGUAGCCAGAAGUCCGCAGCAGACAAAUUUUCCUGGUUUUUCCAACAUUGCUCCGCCCGGCUUCGACGUUUCGCAAAUAGUGUCGCAGAACACCGACGUCAGUAAGAAUGGUUAUGCCCAAUCCACAAUCUACAAAUCCGAAAAUGGAAUGGGAUCGUCAUCGACGUCGUUUUCCUCGUCCCAGCCCAGAUCGGGAGCUGCAUCAAUGACGCUAUUUUCCAGCUUCGCGAUGGUUUCCAUUACUGUUUUGGCAACAAGUUUCAUUCGUCACUAAACCAAAUUGCUUAAGUUAAAAAAAAGUAUUGGGACUAGUAUUUAUUUCGAAGAUACACUGAAAUUGUGAUAAUGAAGAAGUGCUAAUAAACAUAAACAAACAUGACGCGGCCGAGCUCGAUUGAGGUGUGUUAGUUUGUAUGCGUGCUUGCUUGUAACUGAUACAUGCGUAGAGUGAUCUUACAAGGUCACAACAGUAGGUGGCGAUGUGAGUUUACGAGUAAUGUGAAUUCAUCAACUUGGAUGAAUUUUUCUGGUCAUGCUUGACCAGUGACUGUUGAGCAAAUGAAUCCACCGAUUAUCAGUGGCCGUAUGUAUUCGUUCAUUUGAUUGAUUGUUGGUAGGGUUAUCAUAUCAA